AUGCCAAAAAAACAAAAAGUGAAUAAAGUAAAUGAGGAUACAUUUGCUGUAGAAAAAAUACUAGACAGAAAAAUAAUAAAAGGUAUUCCUUGGUAUUUAAUCAAAUGGGAAGGAUAUUCUGAUUCUGAUAAUACAUGGGAACCUAGGGAAAAUAUUAAUGCUGAUGAAUUGAUUGAGGAUUUUGAAUCAAAAAUUCCAUUAAAAAGAAAGAGAACUAGAACAACUAAGUUGACAGAAAAUAAAAGUGAUUUUAUAGCACCUGGUAAGACCAUUCAAGAAAGAGUUACUUCAAUUUUAGAUAGUUUACAGGAGUAUUACGAUCUUAAUUUAGAGUCUAUAAUAUUUAAAGUUUGUGAUCUUAAAAUAGAAAAUAAUAUUAUUAAAACAGCAGUUGUACAAUACACAGAUAAAUCAAUGCAAGAAAUACCUUAUUUUAUAGUAAAAAAAGAAGUGCCUAAGAAGCUAUUUGAAUAUUAUGAAGAAGCAUUUAAUAAAUUUACACAUAAAAAUUCAUAA